AUGAAGCACCCGGCAUUUCUGCAAAUUGCGAUCCUGGCCCUCCUAGGACUGGCCUCAGCCAUGUCUCUCAUUUUCUUCGGCGCCGGUGAUAACUGCUGGAUCGGUGUCACAGACCACAUCGGCUGUUAUGACAUCGGCGAGAAUCACUGCUGCCACUCGGCCGACCCGUUCUGCGUCACAGCUCUCCUGGCGGACAGCGACAUGAUAACCCACACCACCUACUUCACCAACGGGAGCAACUGCGUUGUCCACACCGACCUGAGUUUCUGCGACCGGUGCAUCACGUCCGACGCGUGCUGCUUGUACCUUCCGGUGGCCCAGGACAAUAGCAAAUGCUCGGCGUACUGGCACUACGGUGAGCCGAGCCCGGACCCGAACCACCCAGAUGUGCAAGUCAUGACAGAGAAGCCGUGCAUUCAGCCGAAUUUCCUGGUUUACAAUGAUGGCCUCACGCCUCGGAGGAUACUUAUACCGAACGGAAAGUUGGACGACGUGAUGGACAAAUAUUCUAGGCGGGACUUUGGUGCUCUGAGCCGCUAUGAGACACUUGGAGGUGAUGGGGGCUAA